AUGAAGCUCACUGCAUCGCUGGCCGCUGCGCUCGGAGCGCUUGCCGUCCUCUCUCCGCUCACAGUGGCGUCUCAGAGCGCAGAAGCCAGAGAUCUUUCGCUCGGAGAAGCCGGAUUUGAACCUCGCGGCACUUCAGACUGCGACCUUCCGGUCCGAAAGCAUCACCACAAAGGCAAGAAACACCGGAAGGCCAAGCAGGUCAAGGCCACCGUAAACUCGCUUUCGUCGGGACGAAACCGAAAUCACCAGCACAAGACCAGCUCGGCACGCCCUAGCAGCUACUAUCCCGACACCAAAGGGUCUUCGACCCAGCCCAAAUCGUCGGCUCCAGUCUCAAGCUCGUCGUCCGGCUCCACCGGAUCGAGUGGCUCCACUGGAUCCACCGGCUCUACAGGGACAUCGGGGGGCUCGUCGAGCCUGUCGAGCUUCGAGCAGACGAUGCUUGAAAUGCACAAUGCCGACCGAGCCAAACACUCUGCCUCAGCGCUGACGUGGGACAGCACGCUCGCCUCGGCCGCUGCCAAGUGGGCUGCAGGAUGCCAAUGGAAGCACACGCCAAACAACCCCUACGGCCAGAACAUCGCCGCAGGUACCGCAGGCGACUUUGGCGCCAAAGAUUCGUGCAGCAUGUGGUACGACGAAGUUUCGCAGUACAGCUUUGCUUCGGGCGCGUACAGCGAUGCGACGGGUCACUUUACGCAGAUGGUCUGGAAGUCGACGACGAAGCUAGGAUGCGCCAUUCAGGACUGCUCCGCUAGCCAGAUGGGGCUUGGCAGCCAGGGCUCCGCCACCUACGUCGUGUGCAACUACAACCCACCCGGAAACGUGAUUGGCCAGUUCCUUCAGAACGUAUUUUCGACCUAA